AUGCUGAUGCUGUGUAACCAAACUGAAGACAUGCCAGGAUGAAGUCUGUCCACAAAAAUUAAGUAUCUCACUGGAGCACUUAACCGAUAAGCACCAGCCUUGGAGCUCCCCCCCGCCCCUUCAUUCUUCAAAGCCAACCUUCAGAAGCAGAAAUGAAACUGAGGGACAGGACCAAGAUAGGCGCUGUUUGAAAUCCAGCAAAGCAGGCACCCGCAGCGCCAAAGUUCACAUUGAAACAUUUUCAUCUGCCUUUAUUGGAAAGGCAUUUGCGAGUCUUCCCUCCGUCAAUAUAAGAGAUCAAGAGCACCGAAUUGUGGGCUUUUGAAGGAUCCCAUUUCUAGCUCAUAAAGAUGAAUUUGUUCCAGUGCUCAGCUGUCUUCUCCCUCACUAUAUCACUGGUAUGGUGUGGAAUCAAGGACUUCCACGAGCAUUUUGAACAAAUUGGCGAGACACAAUCCAUCCACCCUCGUGGGCUUCUCAGGAAUGAAACUCUUCACAUCACUAAUUCGUCAUCUGAAUUCCAUCAAGAAAAUACAGUAACCAAAGACUUGAGCAUUGAAGAAGACGACGUGGAAGACUACUUGGACUUUGAUAAAAUUGCAAGUGAAGAUGAUGACUACAUUGACAUAAUUGACAUCAUUCCGGAGGCUAUUUCUCAUUUCGAGCAAGGAAACAUUCUGGAACUUUUUCGUGGGAAAACCAGAAUCCAGCGUCUCAACAUCCUCAAUGCCGAUUUUGGCUUCGACCUUUACCGAAGCAUUAGGGAUCACGUCAAUUUUUCAGAUAAUAUUCUCUUGGCUCCAGUUGGCAUUUCCACAGCUAUGGCUAUGGUUUCUUUGGGACUAAGAGACCGAACACAGGAAGAAGUCUUGGGCGUUCUAGGUUUUGAAGACUUUAUGAAUACCAGUUCCAAGUAUGACUUCAUGACUAUUCAUAACCUCUUCCACAAACUCACUCACAGGCUAUUCAGGAGAAAUUUUGGCUACACACUCAGGUCAGUCAAUGACCUCUAUAUUCAAAGGCAAUUUUCUAUCCUGAAUGAAUUCAAGGACAAUAUGAAAAAGUACUAUUUUGCUGAGGCUCAGCUGGUUGACUUUUCAGACCCAACCUUCAUUACUCAUGCUAAUCAGCGAAUUGUAAAGCUCACCAAAGGCUUAAUUAAAGAAGCUCUUGUUAACAUACACCCUGACACACUGAUGAUGAUCCUCAACUGCUUGUACUUCAAAGGAACCUGGGAAAACAAAUUUCCAGUGCAGAUGACCCACAAACAGACCUUCCGGCUGAACGAGAAAGAGACGGUGAAGGUUCCCAUGAUGAAGACCAAAGCCAGCUUCCUGGCCACUGAAGACAAUGAGCUAGAUUGUAGAGUGCUGCAAUUACCCUAUGUGGGUAACAUCAGCAUGUUGAUUGUACUGCCCUAUAAGCUAUCCGGUAUGAAGAUUCUGGAGAACCAGCUUACUCCCCAGGUGGUUGAGAGAUGGCAGAAGAGCAUGACCAACAGGACUAGAGAAGUGGUGCUGCCCAGAUUUAAGCUGGAGAAGAGCUACGACUUGAUUGAGCACCUGAAAACAAUGGGCAUCAUCGAGCUCUUCACCCAAGAUGGCAACUACUCUGGUAUUUCAGAAGAAAGGAUAACUAUCAAUAAGUUUAAUCAUCAAGGGACUAUUACAGUGAACGAAGAAGGGACGGAGGCUGCCUCUGUAACCUCGGUGAGCUUCAUGCCCCUUUCAGCUCAAAUCCGCUUCGUCAUCGACCACCCGUUCCUCUUCCUUGUCUACGAGCAUCGCACCAGCUGUCUGCUCUUCAUGGGGAAAGUUGCCAACCCCACCAAGUCUUAAGUAGCAGAAUGACGCUUGCAAGACUACUGCAUGUAGACAACAUUAAUAUACUUACACUAUCACUGGUUUUUAUAGGCAGAUGUAGAGCUCAGGUGAAUCACACUUGCUGUCACAGCUUUCCCCAAGCUGGCAUCUUCUAGAUGUGCUAAGGAGGCAGUUUUUCCAGAACGGUUGCCCCAACACAUCCGGCAAAUGCCAUGUUGGGGAAAGCAAUGUUUCAUAAGAAAUGCACAAAGUUGGCUGAAUAAAAAUAUUACAGCAGGAGAUGAUUCAACGAGAAUUUGUACGGAUCACUGUUGCCAUAAAGGGUCAAAGGGGUUGUUUUAUUUUGCUUUGUGUUUGCAAAAAAGGCAAGAGGGUGGAACAUCUCCAUGAUACCUCCAAAGCACCCAAGGUUAAUUCUUUAGAAGGUAGAGAGCAACUUUCUGGUGCCCCAAAUCCUUGGCAGAUGCAUACAUAGAGUUCAGAGAGCAUCUACCAGAAGCAAAAGGAAAUGGGAGGAAAAAAAAUUGCAGGGGACCAAAGCCAUUUAUAUUUGAACUUUAGUGCAGGCCUUCUUCGUGGACGAUAUGGGAAGGAAGGAAGGAA